GUUCAGUGGAUUACACCGAAAGAACUUCACGCGGUAGAGUUUUACUCUGAAUAUGGCAGCUUUCUGGAGCGGGAGAAUUUGAAGAAAUUGAGACAAAAAUGGACCUAAUGCGCGCCAUUAUAUUUUCUAGAUGUUUUUAUUUGUGAGGCGUAUUUGUUUGUUGUAGAUGAAGUUGUAAAUUGAAAUAAAUUGUGGUAGGUAUCAAAUACCGGAUUGAAUUUACUGGUCAAUUAAAAGGUAUUUUCGUCGUAGAGGCCGGUUUAUCCUAAGUCAAUGAGCAUUUUCUAGCUUUUGGCGCUAAAGAAGCUCAAGCUGGGUACGGGUCAUGGGGUCUGUUAGGCGACCCGUGCUGGCUCCCGGCAUCGAGUCGGACCCCACCGAGCUGACGCUGGCGCGCAGUGCCGAGCUGGCGCGCCAGAGACGCCAGGACCGGCUGCUGGCCGAGGUGGCCGAGCUGCGCGCGCGCAACGCCGAGCUGCGGGCAACGCGCGCCGACCUGCAGCGCCAGCUGGACGAGUCGCGGCCCGACCAGCGGCGCAUGCACGCCUCGUUCGCCACGCUGGGCCGCCAGGCGGUGGGCCGGCACCUGGGCCUGUGGGCGGCCGCCGGCCGGGCCGGCAGCGUGGCCGUCCGGCUGCGGCCCGACGACAGCCGGCCGGCGCACACCCUGCAGCUGGAGCACGACAGGCGACAGGACGCGCCCCUGAAGGCCACCGUGCGCGACCUGCCGCCCGGGGUUCAGCUGGACAGGCACCUGCAGCGGCACGGCACUGUUAGGCAGCUGCCGGCUCUGGUGCACGCCGUGGCCACGGAGGUGGACGCGUUCGCCUCGCGCCGCCGCCAGGUGGAGGAGCUGCGCGCCCAGCUGCCGGCGCGCAGCUCCAACCUGUGGCACGACCCGGCCGUCUGCGACGUGAUGCUCCAGCUGAAACUGAACGCCUCGGGCGGCGAGCGGCACGCGCCGCGCAUCCCCGUGGAGCUGAACAUACAGUACGCGCCGGGCGCGUCGCUGCCGCACCAGUGCCGCCUCACCGAGACGCACCAACUGGAGGAGGCCGACCGCGAGGAGCUGCUUCAGCUGACGACCAUCUUCCUCCGACUGCCGCUGCGAGAGGCGUUCAAAGAGGCCUUCCAGUAGACGGGGGUUGGUCGGGGGAAGGGGCAGGGGAGGUGUCUUUGAUGGGGAAUGGAGGGGAGGGAGAGGGUUGGGAUGACAUUCGCUCGGUCGCUAGGAUUACUGAUGUAAUCGGAAUAACUGAUCGAUAGUAGAAAGGACGGGACGGCAAGAUCAGCUCAACAAAAACGAGUCGUAUGUUUUUGCGUCUCGUUUUUCGUUGGUGGACAGUUCGCACUGUGAAUAUCGACUGCGCGUGGUUACAGUUUCAAGAGGACAUUCCUUUGGUGGGACCCCAGCCUGACUCGGCUCCGUGGUCAGAGUGAGCCAGGCCAGCAGGGCGGUGUUCACCCGCGAAAUGCGUAUCUUACUGCCGGCAAUUGAGUAGUGUUUUCUGUAGAGGUCAUACUUUGUUUACGCCUCGCUAAGUGGACGGUUUUGUCCGCGAAACAGUGGUUUGAGCCGCCCCGUGAGCUCAAAAGCACGCCACACACGCCAUAAUGGCUUUGGCGUGCGUCCUGGCCAGGCAUAAAACUUUUCGGCCGUGGCAUUAUCUUACCUGAGAUGUAAAUAUAUUUGUUUAAGUA